AUGAAAGCUGAAAUUGCUACCCUUGAACUCAAUGACACUUGGAUUAUUGUGGAUUUACCUCCUGCCAAAGAACCAAUAUGCUGUAAAUGGGUUUACAAAAUCAAGUUUCUUGCUAAUGGAAGCCAAUUUGAUAUCAAUAAUGCCUUCUUGCAUGGGGAUUUAGAGGAGGAGGUGUACAUAGAAUUGCCCCCGGGGUACUUUAAUGAAAGUGGGAGAAAAGCAGACUACAACUUGUUCACAAAGGUAACUGAAGGUUUUUUCAUAGCUAUUUUAGUAUAUGUGGAUGAUAUAAUAGUUGCUAGAAAUGAUAUGGAUACAAUUGAUCAAUUGAAGAGAUCUCUUGAUGACCAAUUCAAAAUCAAAGACCUUGGAGACUCGGGUACCAUUGGCUCUACUCCAGCAAAGAUUUCUUUAGAUCAAAAUGUGAGAAUGUCCAGAGAAGAAGGAGAAUUACUUCCUGAGCCUGCUCUUUAUAGAAGGAUGGACCUUGGGGGUAGCAGUGCCAACGCUAGUGGAGAUGAUGGUGUAGGCCCCUCUAGAGCAGGUGGUGGCGAUUUAGAUGCAAUUCUGCAUAGUGUGGCUCAGUAG